AUGACAAACUGUAUUGGAAGUGUGAUAUCAGUGGAUUGCGGAGAGUUCGGCUACUAUCAAGGGCGACUCAUAUCGCUUGAUGCUGAUUCGAAGGAUAUUACUUUAGGAUCUGCAUUCAGAGAAGGUGUUCCUCUCGGUAAGAAUGUUACCCUGAAUGGAGCUCAAAUAGUAAGUCUCAAGGUGUUGAAAGCAGCGCAACAAGUAGAGGAGUCGCAUGUGGCUUCUACUUCAAACAACAACUCAGAGAAUAAGUUAGCUGUUCUGAGACCAAACGGAGCAAAGCAGAAUGGAUCAAUUGUUCACAGAAGCAAGAGUACAAUAGAGUUCGCCAGCAUGGAGGGUUCACAAAAUCGAAAUCGGACAGGUGGUUCCCAUGCACGGCCUUUGGCUACAGCGCAAAACAAAUCGAGUAAAACAGCAUCACAGAGAAAGCCCAGCUCUGUCAGUUCUACUAGCGAGGAGGGACAAAGCAUACACGCCGAUGUUUCUUCGAAGCCUAGAACAAGAAGUCGUCGAGUUAGGAGAUCUGAAUCUGAACAUAUCCACAGUCACCCAGUUGGUGUAUCUGAAACACCGCAUUUCCGUAGUUUCGAACCUCAAGUGCCGCUACCUCGUGAAGUUAUGGUUGCUAAAGUGAAGAAUCGAUGCAAAACAAAAGGGCCAAGUGGUAAUCCGUUACUUGAUUCUAAAAAGCUACAUGGCCGGAUAGCAAAUGGAAAUGAUGAAUUGGUCAAGCCAAUAGACUUUGAGCUACUGAACACGGAUUUUGAUUUUGAUGCAAAUUUGGAGCAGUUUAAACGCGAGAACUUGGAAGACGAUUACUACGAAUCAGUGGAGAAACAAAAGAUGUCGCAAAAUUUUGCUCACUAUGAGAACAUAAUCGCUGAUCCUGCUAGAGUUACUUCAUGGACAAAUAUUCUUGGCAGUAGUAACUACACUGGUAAUUCUGAUCAAGUGAGCAUCACGAGACCAGCUGUGGAGAGGCGCUCUCCGCCAAUACGAUCUAUUUCCUUCUGUCCGAGUGGUUACGAGACUACAUACGACGGUUUUCCACUACCUGUUUUAGAUGUUGCGCUCAAGAAGAAGUAUUUGAGUGAAUGCUGCUCAGCUAUGGGAUCAGAUGUAUACCAUUAUUUGGUCGCAGACAGGUUGAUCAUGUGGCUAAUAGAUGUAGUAGGAAGGCUUGGAAUAUCGCUAGAUCGUGCUGUUGUUUUAGCUUCAUCAACUACUCCUUUGAGAAUGGUUGAUCGCUUCCUGUCACAUCUCGACAAUAGAGGGGUAGCGACCACUCUGUAUGGAAAAUUUCCGAGUUUUGAUAUGAGCCUAGUGUCAGUGGUCGAUCGCGUUUCUCUUUUACCGGCUGCUUGUAAAAUAAUUAUUGUUCUUACGGACGAGUUAACUUCUGAAUCGCAGACAUGGCUUGGAAAACAAACAAGUUCUCAUAUCAUUUCUCUGGAGUGUGCUCCCUCUAUGUUAGAUUAUCAUAGACUUCAUGUUUUAAUGUUGGGUGUUCUUACAUCGGGUAUAUAUACUGUUAAUUCUUCUGCUCAACCACAAGUGGGGAAGACGAGUUUUGCUCAGCUGUGUGCGACUAUGAAAGGGAAUACUUUUAUCGACUCUGCGGUUUGUGAUGUGGGCGCACCAUUCUCUUGGAUUGCUGAGGAUGGGAAAGCGAAUCUCCAGCAAGCGUUCUCAACUACGUUGAUGCGUCGCCUUUGUUAA